AUGGCGAUGUGGGAUCCAGAAGCCGCUGGAAAUGCAGCAAUCUUCCUUCGUCUGGACGAGAUGACCCUCCUGGACAUCCGUAAUGCUCCGUAUUCGGCCAAAACUGCCUGUUGGGUUCCUGACAAGGAAAUCGGCUACAUAAAGGGCGAGAAACUCGGCGAAAAGGAUGGCAAGAUCGAGGUCAAGCGCGCUGACGACAAGGUCAAACUCUACAAGCCUGAGCAAGUUGAGCAGCAAAAUCCUCCCAAAUACGAACUCCUUGAAGACAUGGCUAACAUGACGAAUCUGUCCGAAGCUACUGUCAUCCAUAAUCUUCAUAGCCGAUACGAACGAUUUCUGAUCUACACUUAUUCAGGUCUCUUCUGUGUUACCGUCAAUCCGUACAAGUGGCUCCCCGUCUAUGAUUCACAUGUUGUAGGAUGCUACGCGAACAAGCGGAAGACUGAAAUGCCGCCGCAUAUUUUCUCGGUUUCCGACAAUGCGUACAACGAUAUGCUUCGAAACCGCGAAAACCAGUCCAUGCUGAUCACUGGUGAGUCCAGAGUUUGA